CCCAAGUAAAAGAGAGAUUUUCGAAGAGCCGGGAAGGAGGGAGAGAGGGAAGGAGUCCUAGCGGGAACAAGGGCGGAUGAGCCACAAGCUUGCAAGGCCAAGAGAGAUCGAGGAAACUGAAGAACGCUGAGGACAGGUGGAUGGGCUCCAUUGGUAGGCUCCACUAUCUCACCAUGACCACGGAAAAUCCGAUGCCAGGAGACCUGGCUCCAGCCCCCCUCGUCACUUGCAAACUCUGCCUGUGUGAACAGUCCCUGGACAAGAUGACCACACUCCAGGAAUGCCGGUGCAUCUUCUGUACCGCUUGCUUGAAACAGUACCUGCAGCUGGCAAUCCGAGAAGGAUGUGGGGCUCCCAUUGCCUGCCCUGACACAGUGUGCCUAAACCACGGGACCCUGCAGGAAGCAGAGAUUGCCUGCUUGGUGCCCAUGGAUCAGUUUCAGCUUUAUCAGCGGUUAAAAUUUGAAAGAGAAGUUCACUUGGACCCCUACAGAACAUGGUGUCCUGUCGCAGACUGUCAGACGGUGUGCCCUGUUGCAUCAAGUGACCCCGGACAGCCUGUGCAGGUGGAGUGUCCGUCUUGUCACCUGAAGUUCUGCUCAUGUUGCAAGGAUGCUUGGCAUGCAGAAGUUUCCUGUAGAGAUAGUCAGCCUAUUGUCCUGCCAACAGAGCACGGGGCCCUCUUUGGGACAGACGCAGAAGCGCCCAUUAAGCAAUGCCCAGUUUGUCGGGUUUAUAUCGAACGCAACGAAGGCUGUGCUCAGAUGAUGUGCAAGAACUGCAAGCACACGUUUUGCUGGUACUGUCUCCAGAACCUGGAUAAUGACAUUUUCCUCAGACAUUAUGACAAAGGGCCAUGUAGGAAUAAGCUGGGCCACUCGAGAGCCUCAGUGAUGUGGAACCGAACACAGGUGGUGGGGAUUCUGGUGGGAUUGGGCAUCAUUGCCUUGGUGACUUCACCCUUGCUGCUCCUGGCUUCCCCAUGUAUAAUCUGUUGUGUCUGCAAGUCCUGUCGGGGCAAGAAGAAGACGCAUGAUCCAUCUACAACCUAAAGGACUCCACUCAUGUCCAUGUGCCACAGACAUCUAGGGUUAUAAAGAGAAGCACAGUGAUCAAGCCCCCACUUAGUGAACUUGCCUCCUCCUUGCCAAACUUUGAAAGUGCCUCUGUGUCCAGACUUUGAACUCACCUGCCUGCCUGCCUGCCUGCCUGCCUUUGGCAUCAGAAAAGGCCAUGGCCUGGUGGGUGUGUUCCUGUGUAAAGACAACUGAGUUCUGCCUUCUAGGCUAUGUCCACGGAGCAUGUCGGGAAGCUUUGAGGUUGCUGAGAAGGGACUAACCCAUCGUCAUUUUAUCCUCCGGAGGAUCCCACUAGACUGUUCCAACUUCCAGCCGCAUCCAGGGAGCCUGAGUGAACGUUCAGUAGAAUUAAUGUAUUGUCAUAGUUGGCAACACGCAUCGUAACUGAGCAGCCAGAGUCUGGUCUGUGUUGAUUUGACCACCACAGGGGAGAAACCCACCCCACCCCUGUAGGAGGGAAAGGAUAAUACCCUUUAAGGGGAAAUUGUCCUAAUUGCCACGCAGCAGGCUGCGGAUCUUAGGGAGUGGAUAUGUCGGUGCUGCCUCUGCAGGCUACUGGGUGUGCUGUUCCCGGCAUUCCUACGGUGACUUGGCAGGAACACAAUAGGUUUCUCCAUGUAUGAUCUCAGCUUCAAGCAGGAGAAACUGCUGUGCACAGGAAGUUAUCCCUUCCCAGUGUGAAAGGGUUGCAGCCUGUAAAACAAUGUGGCCUGAUUGAGUGGCUCUCCUUAGGCAAGAGCAACUUUGAUAACGUGAUAAACUCUCCUCCCACAGCCAGUAGCUGUGGUCUACAGGAUUAUUUUAUGUGAAAUACGGGUCGAGUGGCAGAGGUUAAAAACCUUCAUCAUAGGUACCAGAGCCCUUUCCUGAGCUCUGUGUUCAUGCACCCAGCACAUUGAGAAUUGGACCUAAAAGUACACACCACGAGUGAGUAUCAGAGUCCAUGUGUACACCAAGAAUCUGUGUAACUUGCUGCCUACCUAGAAUUUCCAUCCAUUGGGCAUGCUUGAGUAUAUCCAGUGGUACACACAAAAUAAAUGUUUCCUCAAAGCCAUUCUGUGUUUCCUUCUGGGACUAAUAUGGUUUAUUAUAAAUCAACCUAAAGGGUUGUUUGCAUAUUAUAUAUGUGAAUUUUGGUUGCAAGUUCAUAACUUACCCAAAGGUCUACACUCAUAAUCAUAACUCUUUGAAAACAAUACCUAAUACAAUGUCAUGCCAUCUCUGUCUGUAAAAACACUGAUAAUCAAGUUAUUUACAUAUUUUGAGACAUAACUCAGAGCAGCUCUCUUUUCAGCAAAGGUUUGUAUUGCUCUUUCAGAAAAGGUUUGUAUUGCUCUUUCACCAUUGGUCAGGGCAAUCCAAAUACUUCCUGUGUGUACAAAGCACUGAUAACACAACAAAAAAUGUAAGAGAUAAAAUGUAAAUGCUUUAUCAUAGAUGCUUUGGGUUGGUAUUGCCUUAUUGCGACCUUAUGUUUCCCAUAUCCAUCGGUCAGAUUUUGAAUAAACGGGUUUUGAAAAGACAGUAACUUUUUCUCCAAUGACAGGAUUACAUAAUUGCCAUUAGCAACGUAGCCUGGUGCUUCAGGAGACCACGUAGAAUGCUCAUAGAGCGCUCUCCUUGAAACUAGCAACACUGCAUCAGGGACUGUCCGAACCCAUCGUCUUUUCCCGAGGUAACUGGGUAACUAGGUUAUGAAAUUGCUGCUAUCCUGGAUCUAUUAUUAAAGAAUGAUGCUUUGCCGAUGUAACGGAAUGUAUCCUAAGUGGGGAUGUGUAUACUUAAGGAACUUUGGUUCACACGUACAUAAUGAUAUCUGAUAUAUGUAUAGUACAUCUCUUGGUCGUGUACAUUUUUAUUUACCAUUUGUAUAGAACUUAGAUGAGAACUCUGGGAAAACUUUUGAAUGGCAACCAACCAAAAACAUUUUUAAUCAUGUUUUGGAAAUUUCUCAAUCUUAAGUGUCUUUAUUUUCCUUUGAAACUCUAAACACUUCAGAACAAGAAUACCCUCUUCUAUCGAUGUAUUUCAUAUUAGUAUAAAUAGAAGUUGUACAUAAGUUUGAAUAAGUUGCUUUGUCUUAACACUGCCUCAGUAUAGCAAAGGGCAUUUAUAACUGCUCAGGGGAUCGCAGGGAUUCAGCUGAAAUUGAAUUUUUCUAUCAAGAAUGUCUGUUGUGGCAAUGUACUCUGGCAAGAGUGAACUCUCUGACCUUGAUUCUGCAAAGAAUCUUUGAACAGGGGCUGAUUUCGAAUAACCUAACAUCCUGUGUUAUCAGAGGCGGAGGUCCUAAAUUUAGAGUUAAAGGUAGAGAAAGACAUCCAUACUGUUUCCUUGGCAAAACUGAAGGAACUUGUCUUCUCAUAAAGGUACUGUAACAGAAUCAGUUACUUAUUUGUAGAGGAUAGGGAAUAGGGUGUUGAUUGUGAAGCAGACUUUAAACAACUGGAUUUAAGUUUUUAAAUGUUGAAAAGUGCCUGGAAAAUCGUAACUUCUUCCUUCUGUAGCACAUGAAUUGGCCUGUGUAAGAUUGUCAGCAUCAACAGGAACAGGUUAGUGGGUCUAACCUAUAUGUCUCUGGUCCAUCAAAGGACAAGAUGUAAGCUGAGGUAGAAACUUUGUUUACAAAGGAGAUAGCCGACAACUUGGGUAAUAGAGAUUGAUGUUUUCCUUUGAGAUAAUUGGCCAGGGAGAGAGUUCAACCUGUCUCCUUCCUCUGUAUGUCAGCCUUAUCUUCUCCUAGUGAUCCUUUUUCUGUCCUAGGAAGUAAUAUGGUUCUACAUGAUGAUGUUUGGAUGUCAUGGCAAAAAUCUUUGUUCUUGGAGCAUAUAGUCUAUUUGAAAUAGAAAUCGAAACUCCUUCACUAGAUUGUAAUCUGGAUGUAAUACCCCACCCCACCCCCGUUUCCCACCCCUCAUCCAGAAACACUAGAAGAUAUAAGGGCACAACAGCUAGCUGCUGACCCUCCUGGGAAUUUUUUUUCUUGUUAUGGGGUAGGGAGGCAAAGGGGAAAGGCCUGUGGAAGCCGAUCAUAGAAUCGUGUGCAUUCUGUUUGUUCACGCAAUGGGUGUUUGCUCUGGACUUGAAAUCUCUAUUUUGAUAAAGAAGCCUUUGAAAAACAAAGAAUUCACAGUGUGGAUUUUCAUAUAUCCUUCAUCAUGAAAACUUUACCUAUCUAGAUUUGAAAAUCUACAUGUUUAUGUGAAUGUAAAUCACUGUUUCUUGGAACCCCAAAUUGUCUCCUAAAAACUAUUCAGAAUCUAAAUAUGUGUUAUUUAACCCUUCUCUACACAGUGCUUGACUUUCUGUUCAUGAAUGGAUGCCUUUAUGUAUAUAGAACCGUGUAUAUAUGUGUCACUCUGAAGACAAUUUCUUAAUGCCUUAGAUGAAUGACAUUUUAUAAAGCUGUCAAAUGAUAUCUGUAGGCUGUUACAUCUCAUGUUGAUUCAAGAUCCAGAAAGUUUUGUUAUGUAUUUAAGAAAUUGCUGUUGUAUUGUAUUUUUUUUUCUGAUUAUUUGAGAGGGAAAUAGCUGUUUUAGUCUCUGUAGCCCCAAUAAAUGCAGAGGAGGAAAGCAA